ACGCCCCUUCAACCUGUCACACAACGCCACAUAAAACUGGCCUAGCUAGAGAUGGUGAAAAGAUGCAUUUUCGGAUGUUUUCCUCUUAAAACGUUGUUUCCCAUCCCUAAAGCACCGUGGUUACGCGCGCGCUGGCUUGAGUUUUUACACUUCGAGGAAGGAGGAAUGACGGAGAACUCGCGCUUGUGCUCGCGGCAUUUCACGCCUGAAUGCUUUCAGAAUUUAACGCAACACGAGAUGGGCUUCGCUAAAGUCCUGUGUUUGACAGAGACCGCCGUUCCGUCCGUGUACACCGUCGGUGCGUCACCAGCUGCGAAGCCGCAGACCCGCGAUGUUUCCUGCCAGUGUCCGGCUUAUGGUCAGAGAAAGAGCCUUUCGGUUCAAACUCCAAAGUCCAAACCAUGCAGUGAAGAGGUGAACCUCAACCUUGUAAAGUUCAAUGAAAAUCAUGACGGAGAAACACAGACAGAGACGUACACAGACGAUUCUUCAGCACAGACAUUUGCACUAAAUGAAGAUGGAAUCAAAUCCAUUCAGAUCAAAGAGGAGCACAUGGAGGAUGGACAGUGGGACAACGGACCGAUAUCCCCUGCUCUUUGCCUGUUGGGUCUAGAGGUGGAAGACCAGGACAGUUUCAGUGCAGGAACAACAGGACCAGCUAGAGAGGCAGGCAGUGAUUUCAUACUGACGAGUGAAAUGAAGCCCAGCGGAUUGUGGAAUUCACCCGUCUCUGAGGAAUAUCUCAUGAAUGCCGAAGCCCAGAGUUUGGAUGCGUCUCCUUUGGAAUCAGGCGAGCGAUAUGAAAUCCGUCGGCCGGAUCCGAGCGCGCAGCACCAUGUGGAGGAAGCGUACAGAACGGGUGAGCGUGCGAAUCCAUCAGCGGCGGAGAGGAGCUCAUGCUGCCCUCAGUGCGGAAAGACCUUCACCACACGCUUCUACCUGAAGAUCCACCAGCGCAUCCACACCGGAGAGAGACCCUACACCUGUCCGCAGUGCGGAAAAGGCUUCUACUGCAACUCACACCUGAUCUCACACCAGCGCUCGCACACCGGAGAGAAACCCUACAGCUGCGAGGAGUGCGGCAAGUCCUACUCGCACUUAAACUCGCUCAAACUACACCAGCGCAGCCACACCGAAGAAGAGGCGUAUGCGUACUGGUGAUUCAUGAAAUGCCACGACUUCGUUUGACAAUUCGUCACAUAUUUUGUAUGAUAAAUUAUAAAACAACAUUGCUUUGUUUUAUAUACUGCCUUUUUUUGAGUAGCUGGUCAACAGAGUACUUUU